AAAAAAAGGCCGCGUGGAUGAUUGGAAGACCCAAAUUCAAUUCAGCCAACCUUAACCUUUAAGCCUGCCCUCUCUCUUUUGUCUCUUCUGCUCUUCUGCUCUUCCGUCUCUUCUGGCUCUCUUGCUGUUCCCUUUUGCUGCUCGCACUCGUAUACCUACUCUCGUUCGAAUUAUGCCUUAGGGCACCGCUGCAGCGGCCACCAAAUUCGCCAUUCAAAUACACCAGAACAUAGACCUCGACCCAAUAACCAUAUAAAAUGGGCCUCAGCAACUCCGCUGUCAUCGUCAUCGUCAUCGUCGCCUGUCUCUUCUGCGUGACUGUCGCCGCCGCCCUCUUCCGCCAGUACAGCCCCGCAGAGCACAACGCCUACCGCGGAUUUUCGCGCGACCAGGAGGUCUACAUGCGAUCGGUGCGGCUUAAGAAUCUGGGCUUCAACUAUCGCGAGUCGCAGACUCCCAUGCCGCGGGACGUCGAGUCUGCAAGUACGUACUUUGUACAACUGGGUUGGUUGGAUAGAACUGACAGUGUAUAGUGACCGCAGACGACUCCUCGCACUACAACUACUAGACGGCACUACAUUGAUCGGAGUAUACGGAGUAAUGGUUCGGCGUUGGACUGGCUUUUUACACUUGACUUUUAGUCGCAUGGACUGGAUCCUUUUCUUUCUUUUUUUUUUCUUUCCUUUCUUGUAUUAUGAUGCGACGAUGUUAGCGAGCGACUAGUAUACCAUUUUCC